ACAGCGCCUCGGCGUCCAGCAGCAUGGAGGUGACGGAGCGCGUUGCGUCCCUGGAGCAGCGGGUGCAGAUCCAGGAGGACGAGAUCCAGCUGUUGAAGUCGGCCUUGGCUGAUGUAGUGAGGAGGCUGAACGCGUCGGAGGAGCAGCAGGCACUACAGACCCGGAAGGGACCCACCAAAGCGCCCUCUGCUGGGAAAGAGAAGCAGAAAGCUCGCCCAUUGGUCCAGGGACUGACAAUGAGGAACGCCGUAAACAGCGAGACCAUCUUACCAAAGAAACCUACUGGCUCUCUCCCUUCUCCUUCGGGGACCCGGAAAGACAUCGUUCCACUAACAUCCAAAAGCAAGUCUGUGCGUCUCGUGAAUACAUGUAAAAUAACUAAAGCCACAUCCAGUAAUGUUAAAAGAACGAACUCUACUGAACGCGUUUCAUCUGGAGGCCGAAGAGAAAGCACUGGUGAUGCCAAAAGUAGCCGGAAUCGUGCUGGAUCUACCAGCAGCUCUACCAGCAGCAAGAAAAACAGUGAAAGCAAACCCAAAGAUCCGGUCUUCAGUGCUGAGGAAGGAUAUGUGAAGAUGUUCCUGAGGGGACGGCCGGUCACCAUGUACAUGCCCAAAGACCAAGUGGAAUCCUAUAACCUGGAGGCCAAGGGGGAGCUCCCGACGUCGCGGCUCAAACUGGAAUGGGUCUACGGCUACCGCGGGCGAGACUGCCGCACCAAUCUGUACCUUUUACCCACCGGAGAAACGGUUUACUUUAUAGCUUCUGUUGUUGUGUUGUAUAAUGUCGAAGAACAGCUGCAGCGCCAUUACACGGGUCACAACGAUGACGUCAAGUGCCUUGCGGUCCAUCCUGAUAAAAUUACCAUAGCAACAGGCCAGGUUGCCGGGACAUCCAAGGAUGGCAAACAAUUACCACCACAUGUCCGUGUUUGGGAUUCUGUGACCCUCAACACGUUGCACGUCAUUGGCAUGGGUUACUUCGAUCGCGCUGUCACCUGUGUGGCGUUCUCCAAAUCGAAUGGCGGAGGAAGCCUGUGUGCGGUGGACGACUCCAAUGACCACGUGCUGUCCAUGUGGGACUGGCAGAAGGAGGAGAAGCUGGCCGAUGUGAAGUGCUCCAAUGAAGCGGUUUUUGUAGCCGACUUCCAUCCGACGGACACAAACAUCAUCGUGACUUGCGGAAAAUCGCACCUCUACUUCUGGACGCUGGAAGGAAGCGCUCUGAUUAAGAAGCAAGGAUUGUUUGAGAAACAAGAAAAACCGAAGUUCGUGUUGUGCGUCACUUUCUCGGAGAAUGGGGACACCAUCACAGGAGACUCCAGCGGGAACCUUCUGGUUUGGGGAAAAGGAACCAAUAGGAUCAGCCAUGCUGUCCAGGGAGCCCACGAGGGCGGGAUCUUCGCGCUGUGCAUGCAGAGAGACGGCACUCUGAUUUCUGGAGGAAAAGACAGAAAACUUCUCUCCUGGGCUGGAAAUUAUCAGAGACUCAGCACAGCGGAGAUCCCGGAACAGUUUGGACCGGUGCGGACGGUGGCCGAGGGGAAAGGGGACGUCGUGUUAAUUGGAACCACAAGAAACUUUGUCCUUCAGGGAACUUUAUCCGGAAACUUCACCACCAUCACCCAGGGCCAUACGGAUGAACUGUGGGGGUUGGGCGCGCAUUCCCAGAAGCCUCAGUUCCUGACCUGUGGCCAUGACAAGCAGAUCAUGUUGUGGGAUUCGGCAAUCCAUCGGCCGGUCUGGAGCAAAGUUCUAGAGGACCCGGCCCAGUCUGCUGGAUUCCAUCCUAACGGGUCUGUUGUAGCGGUUGGGACUCUUACAGGAAGGUGGUUUGUGUUGGACACCGAGACCAAAGAUCUGGUGACGGUUCAUACAGACGGCAACGAGCAGCUUUCCGUCAUGUGCUAUUCACCAGAUGGAAAUUUCCUCGCAAUCGGUUCCCAUGACAACUACAUCUAUAUUUAUGCCGUUAAUGAGAAUGGAAGGAAAUACAGCCGGAUUGGUAAAUGUUCGGGCCAUUCCAGCUUCAUCACCCACCUGGACUGGUCUGUCACCUCCCAGUAUCUGAUGUCCAACUCCGGCGAUUAUGAAAUCCUAUACUGGAUCCCAACAGCCUGCAAGCAAGUGGUCAGUGUGGAAACCACCCGGGAUCUGGAAUGGGCGACCUUCACCUGCACCCUGGGAUUCCAGGUUUUCGGGGUGUGGCCUGAAGGUUCGGACGGAACAGACCUCAAUGCCAUCUGCAGAUCUGGAGAUCGGAAGCUCUUGGCCACGGGGGAUGAUUUUGGAAAAGUCCAUCUCUUCUCGUACCCUUGUUCGCAGUUCCGGGCAUCCAGCCACGCUUAUGGUGGACACAGCAGCCACGUCACGAAUGUGACUUUUCUACACGAGGACAGUCACCUGAUCUCCACCGGAGGGAAAGACAUGAGUAUCAUGCAAUGGCGCCUUCUCUGAGGCCACCUUGGAGAAGAUUCUCACCACCGCUUGCCUUCUCGAGUUUGAUGUGUCGGGACCUCUUAUAAAAGAACUCAGGAACCCAACACCCCCUUCACUGGUCACCUGACCCCCCCCCCCCCCCAACAUCACCUCUCAGAUUUCCAACGGGGGAAGAAUCUAUACCAGUGGUGCCCAACUGUGGGGGCCCUUGGGGCCCUAAUAGGAAAAAAAAGUCUUGUUAAUGUUUUUUUUCUUUUAUUCUAUCCAGUAACACAAAGACGUGAAGGUGGAUCAGAGAAUGGAAUGAGAAGCUGCAAAUGGUUAUAUUGUGCCGCUAGCUAAUUCGGUGCAGUCGUUGUUCACAGGCUUGCAGCGGUCAGGAGGGUGCCCGGCCUUCAUUUGUUAGAGUCGCAUCUCAGAGAAUCAGCAGUUCACUUACAAUUUGAUGAAGAAUAACACUAAAACGAUUUUUCUUUUUUCCGUUGCUCAAUUUUCAUGUCCUACUGGUGUGCCGGCCGGUAUGUAGGAAUCCCCGCAGCCUGGGUGGUUGGCUCACCACUGGUGUAAAGUCUGACGCAUUGCACCCCUGAGCUCGGGACGGUUGGCUUAGCACUGGUGUAAAGUCUCACGCAUUGCACCCCAGAGCUCGGGACGGUUGGCUCACCACUGGUGUAAAGUCUCACUUACAAUUUGAUGAAGAAUAACACUAAAACGAUUUUUAUUUUUUCCGUUACUCAAUUUUCAUGUCCUACUGGUGUGCCGGCCAGUAUGUAGGAACCCCCGGAGCCCGGGUGGUUGGCUCACCACUGGUGUAAAGUCUGACGCAUUGCACCACAGAGCCCGGGACGGUUGGCUUACCACUGGUGUAAAGUCUCACACAUUGCACCCUGAGGUCCGGGGGGGGGUUGGCUCACCACUGGUGUAAAGGCUCGAGCAUUGCACCCUGAGGUCCGGGCGGUUGGCUUACCACUGGUGUAAAGUCUCACGCAUUGCACCCUGAAGUCCGGGCGGUUGGCUCACCACGGGUGUAAAGUCGAACUUACAAAUUGAUGAAGAAUAACACUAAAACGAUUUUUCUUUUUUCCGUUACUCAAUUUUCAUGUCCUACUGGUGUGCCGGCCGGUAUGUAGGAACCCCCGGAGCCCGGGGUGGUUGGCUCACCACUGGUGUAAAGACUCACGCAUUGCACCAUAACUCGAUAAGCUUGAAGGUCUUCUAUCUAGAUGUCACGUCCUCCAUCUAUAACGCACUAUAACCUUUCCUGAACCCUAAUCCCUCUUCCUCUUCUUUCACCGCAGACAGUAUUCAGUCCGGGAUGGGAAGACCCAUCGGUACAUUACAGGCGAUCACCCAUCCUACAAUCGAUCUAUGUCCAUGUUCUAUUGGUGUUGUGUAUCAGUUCCCGGCUUGUAGUGAAUUUCUUGGUCAGUCAUAUCCACAUUGCAGAUCAUAAUAAUAUUCAGAUAUUUGGGCA